AUGUCUGACGACGGCCUUGAUCUCGAUGCUGAGCUGCUCGCCCUCGCCGGCGAUGAGGUGGGCAGCGAUCAGGAGAUGGAUGACGCGAGGCACAGCCCACGUACCAGCCGCUCGCCGACCCCCCGUUCCUCACCUCAACCCUCCGAUCGUCACAGCUCGCCCGAGGCGUCGCCCCCGCGUCGCAAGGUAAAGUCGCGCAAGGCCAGCGGUCGCCGCAGGAAGGAUGACUCUGAGGAGGAAGGUGAAGCCUCUUCCGCUCCUGGUUCCCCCGACUCUCUGGGCUCUGGCGCCAUGGAAGAGUCUGACUCCGACGCCGCCGUCGACGCUUUCAAAGAAGACAGCAACCCCUACCCUGUCGAGGGCAAGUUCACCUCAUGGGAGGACAAGAACCGGAUCAUGGGCUUGUCGGAAGUCGAGCGCGAGUCCAUUCUCGCUGAGCGCGCCCAGGAGAUUGAGCGUCGGAAUCAGGAUCUCAACCUCAAGCGCUUGUUGCAGAACCGCCAGGCCAAGGAAGAGAAGAAGCGCAAGGCGGGAGCCGCUGAUCUGGAUGAUGACGAGCGGAAGAACAGCCGGCCGAAGACCAAGGCUGUGAACGAGUCAUUGGAGAACUACAAAGCCGAAAGAGCGCGGAGGAAUGAUCAGCGUAACCGUCGGACCCGCGAUCGUCGUUCUCCAUCUGCCGAGAGCGACAGGAUGCAGUCCGACGUCGAUGCGGAGGGCGAGAGCGACGUUGAGUGGGAUGCGCGCAAGAAGUCGCCAGCCAAGGAGGAGCCACCCGCUGAGCUCAAGGACUUCGAGCGCGUGAGGGUCGGACGGAGCAACUUUGCCAAGGUCUGUUUCUACCCAGGCUUUGAGGACCACCUCAUUGGCUGUUUCGCUCGUGUCAGCAUCGGCAUGGACAAGAACACCGGCCAGGGCGUUUACCGGAUGUGCCAAAUCAAGGGCUUCACUGAGGGUACGCCGUACGCGAUGCAGGGUUCUAACAACAAGCCGGUCAAGACGGACUUGUACGUGCUUGUGGCGCACGGCAAGGCUGAGAAGGAAUGGCCUUUCGUCAUGUGCUCGGACUCCAAGUUCUCCGAGUCCGAGUUCAACAGGUGGAAGAGUGUGUGCGAAAGCGAGGGAGUCAGGAUCCCAACUCAAAGCAAGCUCAACAGAAACCUCCAGAGGAUCCACGAGCUAUUGGAUAAGCGUUGGUCCGAAGAGGAUAUCGCCGAGAAGCUCAAACGCCAGAACAAAUACGCCCCCGAGAAGGCGAAGACCGGCUUCAGCACCCAGUCCGAUCGCCAUCAGAAGCUCCAGACAUUGAACAAGAGCAUCCGCGUCAACAACGCCACUCAAGUCCGCCAAGCCCUCAUCGCCGAACGUACCGCGAAGGCCCAGGCCAAGGAAAAGGCUCGUCUGCGCAGGGCCGAGGAAGAGGCAAAGAGGAAGGCUGCCGAAGAGGACGCGCUAUUCAAUGGCGGCAGCGACAUCAGCCGGACCGGAACGCCUUCGGAGCAGCCCAAGAAACCCAAGGUCGAGCGCAAGGGCAUUCCCACUUUCACCAAGAAGGCUAUGGACGAUGAGCUCAUCGGAUCUAUGGACCUUGGCAUCGAUAUCGAAAUCUGA